CGAAUAUAAAACUUGACAUUUCGCGUCUUGUUUUUUAUUCCUCGAUAUUUCGUCGAGCGCGCUAAAACCAAAAGUGAGUUAGACUUGUGAAUUUUAAACGAAAAACAUUUUAAUUUUUCUCCAGAAAAAAAGUAGCAGCUAAAUCAAGAUGAGUUUAUUCCUACAACCUUUUUUCUUCAACGAUCCAGUUUGUACCGUUGCUGUUAGACCAUCCAGGAUUCUUGACCAGCAUUUCGGGCUCUCCCUCGAUCCAGAAGACUUAUUGCAGCCUCUGAACCUGAACAACCAACAAAUAACUCAUACCCCAGCCGGUUACCUACGCAGAUGGCGAUCCAGGGACUCUUCCAAGGACUCGGGCUCAGUUGUUAAGCUGGAAAAAGACCAAUUCCAGGCAAAUCUGGACGUGGAACAGUUCAAACCCGAAGAAAUUACUGUAAAAGUUACCGGUGAGAAUGUCAUUACUGUCGAGGGAAAGCAUGAAGAGAAACAAGAUAAUCAUGGAUACAUUUCAAGGCAUUUUGUACGAAGGUAUGUGGUCCCGAAGAACUAUGAUAUCGGCAGAGUGGAAUCCAGGCUGUCUUCAGAUGGGGUUCUGAGUAUUACAGCUCCUGUUAUUGAGAGCAAGGAGAUUGAGCAUAAGGAAAUUCCAGUGUCCCAAACAGGAGAGCCAGCUAAACAGAAGUUGGAAGAGAAAAAAUAAAGUAUGUUUUUGAAAAUAAUCAAUAUUUAUCUCUAGAAAAUGUUUUUGAAAAUAAUCAAUAUUUAUCUCUAGAAAAUAGUUAUAAAAUUAUAUGUAAUUUGUUAGUUAGAUUGCUAAUUUUUUAUGUGAAGACUGAGAUGUAAGCUACAGUUUUGUUGGUUUGAAAAUAUCAAAGUACCUAUUUCUUUUUGUAAUUUAUUUUAAUAAUAAAUGUGAUAUAAAUUAAA